UAGUAACGCGUGUAUCCGAGGAGAGCUGUAACACUCUGCACUAUGACUGGGGGGAAAGCCUGAACUUCCACACAGCACAGAAAGAACGAAAGAAACCCUCUAGCAGGAAUAGACCCCAAACAAAGCGUUUGUUCUGUGGCAGAGCUGCGAUAGAGAAGCCGUGCCAUCGGUCUACACUUCUUACUCGACUACUUUUUAAAUUCUUUUUCUAGAAAUUGACCUUGACCAGGGAAACAUGAGUGAGCGCUUCGAUUGUGAUAACUGCAAAGAAUCCCUGUACGGCAGGAAGUACAUCCAAGCAGAGGAGAACCCAUACUGCAUCCCCUGCUACGACAGCCUGUUUGCCAAUACCUGCGAUGAGUGCAAGGAGCUGAUUGGUCAUGACGCAAGGGAGCUGUUCUAUGAAGAUAGGCACUAUCAUGAGCACUGCUUCCGCUGUUUCCGCUGUGACCGCUCACUGGCUGAUGAGCCCUUCACCAGCCAGGAUGACUCUCUUCUGUGCAAUGACUGUUACUGCAACGAAUUCUCUUCUAAAUGUGUUGCCUGUGACAAGACCGUCAUGCCUGGUACUAGGAAGCUGGAGUAUGCUGGCAACACAUGGCAUGAGGGCUGUUUUAUUUGCAGCAGCUGUAAGCAGCCUAUUGGCUCCAAGUCCUUUAUCCCAGAUAAGGACGAUCACUACUGUGUGCCUUGCUAUGAAAACAAGUUUGCCCCUCGCUGCACUCGAUGCAAACAGGUCUUAGCCAAAGGUGGUGUGACCUACCGUGAUGAGCCAUGGCAUAAGGAGUGCUUUUUGUGCGCAGGCUGUAAAGUGCAGCUAGCUGGCCAGCACUUUACCUCCCGAGAUGACCGCCCCUACUGCAUUAAGUGUUUUGGAAACCUCUAUGCUAAGAAGUGCGAGGCCUGUAGCAAACCAAUCACAGGUUUUGGUGGAGGGAAGUACAUUUCAUUUGAGGAACGGCAAUGGCACCAGUCUUGCUUCACGUGCAGCCGGUGCUCUGUGUCGCUUGUAGGAGCUGGUUUCUUUCCUGAGAGAGAUGAGAUCCUGUGCCGUGAAUGCAACAGCAAUCUAUAGAGUGUUUAUUUCUACGCCUCACUUCAGUUUCAUUUUCACACACACACACACACACACACGCACACACGCACAUUCAUGGAGUUCGUGGAGUUUCCACAAAUACUGACUGCCUUAGCAAAAGCUGUGGUGAUAACAAUAUCCUCAUUUGAUAUUCAGUCAGGGUGGUUUUCUUAAGCACACAGACAACACUUUGGAGACGUAAGGUGCAGCCUUUUUUUUUGUUUUGUAUGAGGUGAUACGUUUAUUUGUUUAAAAAAUUCCAUGUUUGCUAAAGAGUAACUAUGCAAGACCAUGCAUGUUAGAAAUCAGUCUAUUCAGAAAUGUGCCUUACUAGUUAGCAUUACCCUGCAUGCUUUUACUGUAUAUAACUUUGUCAUCACUGUAGGUCUUUUUUAAACCUUAAAGUAGAAAACACAUGCUCAGCUCAGAGUGCUACGUGUCUUGCUCUUUAUUCAUUAAACUGCAGAUUUCCCAGCUGCACUGCUUACUUUGUUGGGAUGGAAAGCAGUCCAUCAUUUUUUCCAUUCAGCAACAGUGGUGCUUAAGCAGUGCUUUAGAUAAACCACUAGAGCUCUCUCAUCCUAGGACUACAAACAGGAGAUGUAGUAAUUAUUAUAGAGACAUAAUCCCUCCAUUCUUUAUUUGUCCUGGUUCAGUAGAACUGCUUCCUAACUGCUAAGAGAGAGCUAAUAAUAAGAGAGAGUAUUUGAUUGCAGCCUAUAAAACACCUCAGUCAGAUUUCUCCACAAACAUCAAAGCACUCUGUAGCUCCCAGUUUUGUUGAUUACCCAAAAAGACUAAAUUAUUGGCCAAAGAACACACAUUUGGCAAGACAUUGUCUCUGAAAGAUAUAAUUCAAGUCUUCUAAAGUUGCUAAAACUGUCGAAGUGACUGUUUGAAGUUUGUAUUAUGUAAGCACUUUUGAUGUAUUUCCUGAUCUGUUUAGUUUCUGAGCAUAUUCUUUGUAAAAAUGCAAAUUUCCAAAAAAAAAAAAAAAAAAUUAUGUAUGUACUGUAUAUCACACCAAAGAUUUAUUUUUUACAAAUUAAAAAAAGGCAUAAUUGGGAAAUGAAGUGUGAUGUGUUUUACAGAAAACAUUUGCACUAUAGAUUGAAUUUAGCAUACCCUGUGCACAGACAGUAAUAAUAAAUUAAAAGACAGCAUGCAUUCACUACAUUUAAACAGAAUACAACCACUGUCUGUUUGCUAUUUCUCUAUUUUUUUGUAUAUUCUUUGGUCUAUUAUACACAUGCUGUUUUUCUUGCAUCUUUUAUAUGGUGCAGUAUGUGGGGUUUUUUUUUU